GGGAAAUUCAUCGAGACGCGGGAUGAAUGGAGAUGAUGACGUGCCUCCGAUUACAAUUCCUCUAGGGCACCAGACGAGCACGAGCAGCCUGUUGACGCUGCCGCAGAUGCGUCCUCUGGUGGGAGAUUAUCCCGAGGACUUCAUCUUUCGGGUCGAGGACACCAGAUCACGAUCUUUGGCAUUGGACUUUAUGGGAGUUUCAGGACUUGAAGCCGAGGAUAAGCAUGUUGACAGAACGGUUGCGGAUGACUAUCUGAGUAGCUUUCUCGCUUUAGUACAUGCCUUUCACCCCAUUCUUGACCGCGAUCAACUUCUGGCCAGCUACGAAGACGUCAUGCGGGAGGGCCUCGGUUCGGACGUUAGGUCGGCCCUCUUCUUGGCCGUUUUGGCUCUUGGGGCCACUGCGUCCGACCCCAUCGACGAUGAAAGGGACCACGAGAAUGGAAACACGGGCGAUGCCUGCAUGCAGAGGGCGCUCCGGAUUCUGGUGCCCGCGUGGAUGAUCUCCUUCAGUGGCGACAUUCAGCUCUCGCAAGGCUUGAUAUUGUGCGCGCUGUACUUUACGUACGUGGUGCAGCCGUUGACGGCUUGGAGGCUGAUUAAUAUGGCGUCGAGCAGCAUACAGCAGCUUUUAAUUCGGCAAGUUGUGCCGUUCCUCCUCAGUGGUAAAGGAUAUAGUCGACGAGGAUUUGCUGACCGUUGGAACCAUAAUAGUGAUAUCCUAGCUGAGUUCCACCAGCCACGGAGCGGCAUCGAUGUCCUUGUUGAUCGCAUGCCGUUCCCCAACUACGGGACUAACCCCAAACUGGAGCAUCUUUGCGUUCUCGCUGAGAUAUCAGCUCGCUCUCUUCUCAACCGCAUGCAUCACGCCAUCUACUUUACCGACAGCCUCACCAUAUACGCGGGUCGCGCUCUUGACUCGCUCGCCUCAUCAGCCUCAGAUACGCCUCAUCCAGAUGCGUCCCUGCUGAGGAUUUGUAGCGAACUCAACUUCCAGCUUGAAAGGUGGUAUGAAGCCCUUCCGGUGGACAUCAAGCCCGACUUGUUCGAUCGCACACCAGGAAACAGGCAGGCGUGCAUACUGCGACUGCGCUACUGGUCGGCGAAGCAGAGCAUCUUCAGGCCUUUUGUCGUGUACGCCACGGGGUCCUCAUUCGACAGCGGAGGAGCAGAGGUGCCGUCGUCGGUAAUAUCUCAGUGCAAGGUGUGUCUGGCGGCGUGUCGAGCUUUCCUUCACGGAGCGGGAUAUCUGCUCAUGGAGAGGACGCCGUACACGUAUAGCUCGCUGCAGUUGUAAGU